CCCGCCGGGUCGCGGGCGGAGCGGCGGCAGCGGGGCUCGGCAGCGGGGCUCGGCAGCGGGGCUCGGCAUCGGGGCUCGGCAGCGGGGCUCGGCAGCGGGGCUCGGGACGGGGCAGCGCCGGCGGCAGCGGCGGCCCCGGGGUGAGGGAGAUGGAGUUCUCCAGCCGAGCGAGGCUGAGGCAUGCGCGGCUGACUGGGGACCGGAGGGAGCAGUACCCUCACAGCUUGCAGUUUUACCUGGAUCCCCCCAUGGAAAGCAUCUCCCUGGUGGAGUUUGAGAGCUUUGCCGUCGACCGCCUGAAGCUUCUUAAAGUAAUUGAAAAUCUGGGUGUGAGCCAUGUAAGAGGUACUGAUGUAUACAAAGCUAAGCUGGAGGCUGAGCUCCGGAAACUGAAAUUUCCCUACAGAGCUUUGGCUGAGGGUGAUUAUGAGGCAAGAAGAAAAGAUCAUAUUUCUCAUUUCAUACUACGCCUUGCCUACUGCCAGUCUGAGGAUCUCAGGCGUUGGUUUCUUCAACAAGAAAUGGAUCUCUUCCGAUAUCGCUUCAAUGAACUAACUGAAAGUUUAAUGCAGAAAUUCCUGGAACAUGUUAACUUGUCAUUUGAAGCUAUUGGUGAAGACCUGAAAAAUGAAUUGGCUAAUGAGCUGAGUACAUCAACCCCUGGCUUCACUCUGGCUAAAGUAAAAGAGCAAAUGUUCUAUAAGGUUGGACUUGCGGAUGCUGUGGAUUUAUUUAGAGCCAGAAAAGUAUUCAUUAAAGACGGCUUUGCCUAUGUGCCAUUUAAGGAGAUUGAUGUGAUUGUUUUGAAUAACUACAGAACAAAAUUGUCUAAAGCACUGGCGCUGACAGCACGAUCACUACCUUCCAUACAGUCUGAUGAGAGACUUCAACCUCUGCUUAAUCAUCUCAGCCAUUCUUAUGUUGGCCCAGAUUACAGCAUCCAGAAUAACACUGGAAAAAUUUCUCUAGAGCAAAUUGAUGCUCUGUGUGUGAAGUCGUUCCCCCUCUGCAUGCGGCAGCUGCACCGAGCGCUCCGUGACAGCCACCACCUCCGCCACGGAGGGCGGAUGCAGUACGGGCUCUUCCUCAAAGGCAUCGGCCUCACCCUGGAGCAGGCACUGGAAUUCUGGAAGAAAGAAUUUAUCAGAGGAAAAGUGGAUGCAGACAAGUUUGACAAAGGAUAUGCUUACAGCAUUCGUCACAGCUAUGGGAAAGAAGGAAAGAGGACUGAUUAUACCCCAUACAGCUGCAUGAAGAUUAUCAUGUCCAAUCCACCAAGCCAAGGGGAUUAUCAUGGGUGCCCAUUCCGCCACAGUGAUCCUGAGCUACUGAAGCAAAAGCUGCAGUCAUACAAGAUCUCUCCCAGUGGAAUAACUCAGGUGCUGGAGCUGGUGAAGGGAAUGCAUUACCAACUGGCCUGUCAGAAGUUCUUUGAGUUGACACAUGAUGUUGAUGACAUUGGGUUUUCUUUGAACCAUCCUAAUCAGUACUUUACAGAAAGUCAGAAGCUGUUAAAUGGUGGCAGAGAACUGAAGAAGGAAUUCAAUAACUCGGGAAACUUUCAACAAAAAAAUAAUAGUCAGGAAAGCAUAAAUUCAAGUUCUACUCCCACCUCUUCAAAUGCAAAAGCUGAUACAGAACUGGAAGGACUGGAAGCAUACUUCACUGAAGACUAAGUAGCUGUGUUAUUUGUGUUAUUAUUUCUUUCUUUCAUUCUUUCCCUUCUCUAGCUGGAUUUGUCCCUAUACUGAGGAAUAUGCACUUCACCACCUGGAAGACAGAAGCAUUUAGUGCUUUGAGUAGGAUGAAAAAAAUGAAAGAUAAAUAUUGAAGCUGUAAUUGCAUCCAGUAUUUAUUCUUACUGCUUUAGGAAGCUAUUUUAUAGGGUGUGUUUAAGGAUGGGAAAGGAAACUUUCUUCACAGUUAUUAGGUAGUUUUUGUCUGACUUACCUUUUUUGGUUUUCUUCAAAAAGUUCAAUAUUUUUAUCCCCUUUUGUGAUCACUUUUCUGUGUACCAUCUUAAUAAAAAAUUGCAAA